CUUCAUUCAGUGCGACGUUUUAUUAAAGUUGUAAGAUGGCGACGGUGCAUCUGAGGAUCGGGGACCUAGUGUGGGGGAAGCUCGGUCGUUACCCACCAUGGCCAGGAAAGAUAGUAAGCCCUCCCAAGGACCUGAAAAAGCCCAGGGGCAAAAAAUGCCAUUUUGUGAAAUUCUUUGGAACUGAAGACCAUGCCUGGAUCAAAGUAGAACAGCUGAAGCCCUACCACCCCCACAAAGAGGAGAUGAUCAAGAUAAAUAAGGGGAAGCGCUUCCAGCAGGCGGUUGAUGCGGUGGAAGACUUUCUAAAGAAAGCGAAGGGGAAAGAACAGAACUCAGAUGGUAAAGGGGACUCAAAAGGAAAGAAAACGCCCAACAAGCCACUGAAAAUACUGGAGGAGGAUGAUGAGGAUCUCAGUGCCCUGAAGGACCCCUCUGAGAAGGACUUAACUGAUUCUGACCCCGAGCCAUCCACUAUUGAGAGGCUGGGGGCUGGACCUGGCUCAGGAUUCAAAUGGGAAAGCAGUCCUGUGAAGGAUGACCCACAUUUCCAUCACUUCCUGCUCAGUCAGUCUGAGAAGCCUGCCUCAUCAAUGGAACCCAUUAGCAAGCGCCUGAAGAUCAUUGAAGAGGACUCAGGGUCAACAUCUAUCCAAGCAGCAGACAGCACAGCCAUCAAUGGCAGCAUCACACCUACAGAUAAAAGGAUAGGCUUCCUGGGUCUGGGGCUUAUGGGUAGCGGUAUCGUUUCCAACUUGUUGAAAAUGGGUCAUGUUGUCACAGUGUGGAACCGCACAGCAGAAAAGUGUGACCUGUUCAUCCAGGAGGGUGCCAGGUUAGGCCGGACUCCUGCAGAGGUGGCUUCAAUGUGUGACAUCACUUUCUCCUGUGUCUCAGACCCAAAGGCUGCCAGGGAUUUGGUGUUGGGACCCAGUGGAGUGCUGCAAGGAAUCAGGCCGGGCAAAUGCUACGUAGAGAUGUCGACUGUAGACCCAGAGACUAUCACAGAACUAUCACAGGUGAUCACAUCACGGGGUGGCCGUUUCCUGGAGGCUCCAGUGUCAGGAAGCCAGCAGCUCUCCAACGAUGGAAUGCUGGUCAUUCUGGCGGCUGGUGACAGAACAGUGUACGAGGACUGCAGCAGCUGCUUCCAGGCCAUGGGCAAGACCUCCUUCUUCCUGGGCGAAGCAGGGAACGCUGCGAGGAUGAUGCUGAUCCUCAACAUGGUGCAGGGCAGCUUCAUGGCCACCAUUGCAGAGGGGCUAACCCUGGCCCAGGCCACCGGCCAAUCACAGCAAACCUUCCUGGACAUCCUGUGCCAGGGCCAGAUGGCGAGCACCUUUGUGGACCAGAAAUGCCAAAAUAUUUUACAGGGCAACUUUAAGCCGGACUACUAUUUGAAGCAUAUUCAGAAGGACCUGAGGCUAGCCAUAUCCAUGGGUGACAUGGCCAACCAUCCAACCCCAAUGGCUGCAGCUGCCAAUGAGGUUUACAAGAGGGCGAAGGCACUGGACCAGUCAGACAAUGAUAUUUCUGCAGUCUACAGAGCCUACAUUCACUAGAGCGACAUGUGACCUACCGUCUGGACCACACAGUCUUUAAUCCCUUAUUAUUUCUCCUUUGUCAUGUAAUGAAUUUUUUUAUUUUAAAUUCUAGUCAUUUUAUUUCAUUUUGCCCCAGCGCCAGCCAUUUUACCUGACCACAAGUCAUGGGAUAAUAAUUUGUGAGAAGCAACCUUGAGCAUUGCACUGACUGUACUGGAGGAAUAUACGCUGUAAGAGUGCUCCAAGUGAGGUUGUACCACUGCACUGCUGCUGCAGGGGCAGCUUGUCUGGUUUCUGACAGCUAAAACACAGUAGAAGUAAUGCAGGGUGUUUGGCAAGGAUGUGGGGUCCAGUGCCACUGUGAAGAGCGGGGUGUCCAGCUCCAGUCAGAGAAAUUGCUGUCAGGUUUUGUGGAUGCAUAAACCCUAAAGAAUUAUUAUUUUUUCCUUUUUUGUUCUUGUGCAAAUGAUGCGUUUAUUUAAUUGAGUGUGAUUUUUGCUUAUCUUUUAAAUGUCCAGAAUUCCGUGAGAGAAAACACCAAGAACAUGCCACUGCAUUGCCUUAAUAUUGUAACCCCUCGAGUCUUUCAAUGAUAGAUGUAUUUAUUUAUGUUUCUUCCAUCUCUAUUUGGUGCAGUUUGGCCAUGGCUUGUUUCUUAUUUGACAAGAUGAUUUAUGCUUUUAAGUUGAUGUUAAUGAUCUUUCUUGAACAGGUUAAGGACAAAGCAGCAGAUGUGUUGUGGCCUUAAAAUGCAGUAAUUGGUAUUUCUCAUCGAGACUAGAGAUUACCGUGUUUGAAACCCUUCGUUCUUGUGUUUGGAAGAGUUCUCAUUUUCACUGUGUUUUUCUUUUUUUUAAUAUAUUUCUCUGAACAUAGAUUAAUUCAAUUUUUGAGUUCCAUUUUAACUGGAGGUAAUGAUUAAGGCCCAACACCUUUUUUGUUUGUUUUUUUUCAGAUAGAGCAAAAAAAUUGGGGUUUGAAGGCCAAUUUUAGACCAUCAUGUGUCACAAAUACACAAUUAGAAACCAAAUCAAACUGUUUUAAGUGGCUUAGUGGCUGGAAGGUUUCGUUACUGUCAAAGACUGAAACCUCAAGCUGUGGAAUGAACACAGCGUCUUCAGGUCCUCGGCCAGUAGCUAAUUUUUGACGGAUUAUCAUUAUCCUUAGUCGUAUCCUAAAUACACACGGCUCACUUCAGGUAAACUCUGGUGAAAUAUGGAAACAAUCAGGGCACAAACCAAAUGUUACCAUGGAUUCUGUUUUAUUAUUUAUUUAUUCUUACAUUGGCCUCAGACAGAUUUCAGGUCAGAUGAAGGGAGGGACAGCAGGUGGUCAUGUGAUCGGGUUGGGGUCGGGGGUGGUGAUCUCGACUGCGUAGUAGAAGUCUUCCUAAGUCUGCUCCAUUCUUGGUGAAUGAGAUCUGAUUCUGGUCCAGAACCGGACCUCGUUCUUAUAAACUCAUGACAAGUUGAUCACAUGUCUGCUCAUAACUAAGAAGAGCUGUCAGUACAGAAACCUCAAGCAUUAUGUCUGAGGUCAUUUCUGUUUGUCAUAGAGCACUGACCAGUUUACUUUUAGUCUAUUAAAUAUCACUACAUAGCUUGGUUGCAAUUCUUAAGUAAAUGGAUUAAAGGGCUUGUUGCCAAAAAUGUGCAUUUAGAUCUCAUUUCUUACCUCAAGUGUUUCUCAAAAAUUCACUGCUGGUCUGCUCUACUUUGGUCCAAAUUAUUUUCAGUCUGAUCAGGUCAGGUGGUGUCUCGUACUGUUACAGCAGGUCUCAGGUCUGUACCAAUAUGUCUCAUAACCAAGUGAGACUGUAAGGGAUGCAUGGAAAAUACACUGUGAAGUGCAGGAAAAAUGGCAUGUACUGAGGCUCUUUUGCGGUCUGUUUGUGUUCUGGACCAGGUCAAAUUAUCCCUGAGUAUAAACCAAUGUGCUCUUUUUCUAAAAUUGAUUAAUGCACAUUAGGUUUUUCAAUGGAUCCGUUGUGGAUUUAGUACAGACGUUGGAAACCAUGAAGACCUCUACUACGCAGCCUACUUAAGUAUGCAGGUGCAAAUGACAAUGCCCAACACAUGCCAAAGAAACAUGGCGUGGUUGUGCAGACUCAACCAGAGGUGGUCUGUCCCUGAGCGGGUGAGACAGCUGUGUUUUUAUAUCUGAGUUCUGAUUGAAGGACAAGUCAAGAAAGACCGCUUUAACCUCCUUUAAGCGCUCUUCAUUCCACCACUAACACCACAGCUCGAACACAGUGUCUGAAAUCAAACUCUAAGGUGACUGUGAUCACGUGGAGGUUUGGGUUUCAUGCUGCGUUCAUUUUCUGUCAGAUUUGACCAACAAACCCACUGACACCAUUUUUUCGUAAGCUGUAGCAACGAAGGUAUGACACUGAGACAGAAAGCAGAACCUCGAAUUGAAAGAAAUUGUGAAUGCUGCCUUGCAGGAAAAGACAUAGUUGUGUUUUUUUAGGCCCACACUUUUUAUCAGUUUACACUGUAAAUGAAGGAGUUUAUCCAAACGAAAUCAUUUUGUUGCAUCUUAAGCAUCUAAUGUCCCAUUUUGAAAGAUUUUCUGUUUGCCAAACAAAAUAUGUGAAAGGUUUUUCAUUUGGGUUCCCCAUACACACCCUAGUGUAAAGAACUGUUUUUAGAAGACAGAUGUAAAUAGCACAUUAGGUUGAGUAGGGUUUCUUUUAUAUCUACAGUAACUGGGAUUAAUGAAAACAACUACUUUUGGUUUUGACUCUACAGAGCGACUGUAUAACAUCUUUGUGUCUUAAUACUGUAGAUUGUUCAGUUGUUCAAGUGUAAAUGGUUUAUUAAUAUGUGGCUUAUAUAAUCUGGCUUAUUAUCGCAUUGAAAUGACAAUGAGUUGGAUCCUGUCAAUGGAAGGAGGGUGUAAUUUGUUUUGGGGGAUAUUUAUGAUUUUGUGUACAUGUGGAAAUAUCAAGACUUUUGUGCUGUUUAAUAAAUCCUCCUGAUUACUGACA